UCACUCUCAUGCAUCAACAGCUAGCAGCUAGUAGAAAACUACUCCUAUAUAUAUAUACACACUCGACGUCGAGAUCAACAUAAUCGAAAACCUGCAGUACACACGAGCGCGCGGCUACGUACGUACCGUAUCGACCAUGGCCGGCAGCAGCAUCCGCGGGUUCGCCGGCGCCGCGGCGCUCGGCGGCCUCCUCCUCCUCGCCCUCCUCCUCUGCCCGCCGCCGCCGUGCGCCGCCGCGCGGCCGCUCGCGACGACGACGACGACGAGCUCCGAGGAGGAGGCGAUGACGAUCAUCGCGCUGGCGCCGUCGGCGUGGUCGCCCGGUGGCGGCGGGCGUCGGCAGUGGCGCGCCGCGGGCGCCGCGGCGGCCAAGUGGCUCCCGUUCGUCGCGGGUGGCGCCGCGGGGCGCUACCCGUACGGCCGCCCGCUCUGGGGGCUCCCGGCGCCGGCGGCGGGGAGGAUGGUGCCGUGGGCGGCGGCGACGGCGGCGCCGGGGCUGGCGUUCAGGACGGGAGGGCAGCUGACGGAGGAGGAGGCACCGCGCGGCGGCGAGGACGCGGCGGCGGCGGCACGGCAGGAGCAGGCCGCCAUGUGGGCGUCGCUGCUCAACCCCGCGCAGGUCAGGCCGGCGCCAGCGUGGCCGAUGGCGGGCAACGGCGAGGCAGAGGCGCCGCCGGCCGACGCCGAGCCGACGGCCGAAGGGAUGGACGCCGGCGACGAGCCACCGGCGGGCGGCAUGCUGGUCGGCCAGCCAAAGUGGCCGGUGUCACCGUAAUGGCCGUGGUCAAACAAUCGUUUUCUGGAAAAAAAAUAUUUAUUUUCUAUCACUAAGUCUGAGUAUUCGCAGGAGAUAAACAUGUUUAUCCUAGGAAAAAAAGUUGUUAUUGGCUUAUAUUGUCCUAUUGUUGGCUUAUCGUUCUGAAAUAAACAUGUUUAUCGGUUGAAAUAGAGUUGAUUUUA